AUGUCGGCCGCCGAUUGUUUUUCUCAUGAAAAUGAUACGAGAGAUAAAAAUGGAUCGUGCAAAAAGUCAGUUGCAAGAAAUGAAAAUUUGCAUAAUGAAUCGCAGGAGGAUCCAUUGUACAAAAUGAGGGGAGGACUUUUUGGACGAAGUGCUUCGUAUUUGCAGGGUGAGUCAAAAAGCAAUCAGAAAAAUGGAGUGAAUGAAGAAUCAUCAGGAAAUAGGGAUAAAGUAAGCGGAUCAGAUAAUAACAGCUUGUAUAAUGAACCGAUGGAAGUGGAUGCCGUAAAUGCUGAAACGGAUAUUACUAUGGACGAGAAUAUAACUGAACCAGGCAGUUCAAUAGCCAAUGAGAUGAAAACUGUUGAUGUGGAUAUUACUGGAUGUGAGAAAGAUAUCCCAUACGUUACAGAACUGAAUCAAGAGAACGCUGAUUUCGAGAAGCGACAAAGUGACACAGAGGAAACACAAGUGAGCACGGUACCAGCUGUCAUAGGAAAUACAGAGUACGUUAGUGAGUCGAAAGGAGGAUGCACUGGAGAAAGUCAUAUUGAAAUCGCCUGUAAAGAAAAAGACAGUACUUCCGUUAUAACUAAAAGUGAUAUUACUAUGAAACGUAAUGAAGGAGAGAAUAACGAUUCAAUUCCGGAAAAAUUACUAACAGUGGUUUCGGGAACAGAUGGUGAAUGUUCGAAGGGACCAGAAAAUACAUCUGAUGCUGAAGCAAGCGAUGCCGAGAAAACCGGAAAAAUGAAAUCGAAUGAGAAACUCUCAAAAAACGGAGAUGAACAAAAGGAUAUUGGCACUACCCAGGAAACUCCAAUCAGGAAAUCUGGACGAAGUUACAAAAGGCAUAAUCCCCAGAUUGUUACUUUUGGUAAUCAAAUAAAUACAGAAGCUAAAGAAUCACAAGAAGCAGGUGACAAUGACGCCAAUGACCGACGUAAAAGCUUGCGUACUCGUAGAAUUGAUGUUUCUAAUGAAGUUGUUCAUAUGAAGAGUGACUCGGCGGCAGAGGAACGACGAAAAAGUUUGCGUACACCUAAGAAGCCGCUUGCUAUCUCAACUUCUACUGCCAAACUCAUACGUCGCGAAAAGAAGAUACAGAAGAGUACAUCAGAAUCGGAAUUACCUGAUGAAAAGGUUGCGGCGUCUAGAAGAGGUGGGAAGAAAAACGUCCCAAGUUUGGCAGUUGGGUCGAGAUCCGCUCAAAAAUCUACGAAGAAGGAAACAGGGAAAAAGAAACAUAGUUGUAUAAGUGAGUCGGAUAAGGAUCCAUUUAGUAUUGAUAACAAUUUUGAUAAUCAUCCAGAACCGCUGCGCAAUAUCCAGAUGGAACGGCAAUCGUUUGGAGGAUACAAAUUCACGAAGUCGCCGGAAAAAAUGCCUACGUUGCGUUACCAGAAAACCGAACAAACAGCAAAUGAACGGCGAUCCAAUCUUGUUGGUCUCUUUCCACAACAACAGAUUAAUACUCAUAAAUCACUUUCCGAUUUGACACUAAGUGUGGGUCGACGAGUUGCAGUGACUUCUUCAUCAAAAAGAAAGACGAAAUCUGUGGGCGGUGAAUUUUCAGAACCAGGCGGAAGUUCGAACAUGUUAGAUAGGUCAAGACAACAAGAUGAUACCAAAACGGAACGAGCACAACAGACUCGAAUCUGUUGUGCUCGUUCCUUCUGGAAGAAUUGUAAAUGGUCAAUAGAUCUGCAAUUUUUAAAAUUAUGCAAAAGUCUAUUUGAUUUUGACAUAUCUCAGCAGCGGUCGAAAACCGGAAGCCAAUCAGAAGAGAAACAAAUAAACUCAGCAUAUGAUUUUCAGUUAUCAUCGAAACAACGGAAACGUAAAAUAGCCGAGACAUUGCCAGCAGUAACCCCAAAAAGACCGCCGAAAAUGAUGCUGCCGGAGUUUUCAGCAUUAGAGCAGCUUGAAGCAGAUCACCGUUCCAAUGAACGUGUUACAUAUAGUGUCGGUGCACGAAUAUAUGCUUUGUGGGAUCGUCUGUAUUAUCCUGCUCGAAUAUCGGCUGAACCAGAUGCAAGUGGACGUUAUGAGGUUGUCUUUGCUGAGGAUGGUGCUAUACGUAAACUGGUAGCAACGGGCAUUAUCCCAUUGUGUAAUCUUGUUGCAGGGAGAAAGUGUUUGACAAGAAAUGUUAAAGAUGAUGAAGAGGUGCUCGAAGAAGUGGAAAUCGUCGACAUACCAUCAAGUAAUGAUGCAGAGAACUGGAUGGAAGCUGUGUUCACAAUCAAAGACACUAGCAAUGAAAUUACGAAUAAAUCAUCGUGGCAAAAGUUAGUGGUGGAUAGUAAUCAAGCGAAGGCAUUACAAGUAACAACGAUUAAUACGGUGCGUGAUGUCAAUGCCGAUAAUAUUGCAUCAGCUGAAGGACGGCGUAGCCGAGCAGCUCGGCAUAGUGCUGUUUACAAUACCAAAGUCACUCCCGCUACGCCAACAAGAACUCGUCGACAUGCUUCUACAACGGAAAAAGAGAUUCCGAAGCAACGUGUCGCUUCAUUAAAGACAUCCUCAUCUGAAAACAAUGAGACAUUUGUUGAACCGGAAGAGUUACAGGAACAGCAGGAUGAAUCUGCGGCUGCUAAUGGAUCAGUUAAAAAAGCGUUGCCUAAAAUUUUCAACGGUAUAACAUUCGUGGUAACGUCAGCAUUGCGUAAAAACCGUGAAGGGGAACAGGGAUUUAGUAAAAAAGAAAUACGGUGUAUGAUUGAAAAUGGUGGUGGAAAAGUGAUCGAUGAUGUCAUGAAAUUACCUCGGGGCAAACCUAUAUAUCUGAUUGCUGAUACAUACUAUCGUACUCAUAAAUACCUCACAGCGUUGGCACGCUCCAUUCCGUGUGUCAGUAAUCAGUGGAUCAGCGACUGUGCUAAAGAAAAUAAGUUAUUGGAUCACAUGAAAUAUAUGUUGCCUGCCGGAGUAUCCCUUCUUAGUGGCGAUAUGAAACCCUGGCAUUCAAAUAACGGUACUUUGUUAUCGGGGAAGCGUGUUUUCAUUUUUUCGAACAACGUUUUCUAUGACAUGCCAAACUUCUCGCAGAUUUGGACACCUAUUAUUAAUCAUAUGGGCGGUACCGUUGCCCCGGUAAUUCCAGCAGAAGGAUUGGACAUUUUGUUGACGGAUGCCAGUUGCACUGAGGAAAUUUUGAACAUCGCUCGAUCGCAGGAAGCUACAGUGGUUUCAUCAGAAUGGAUUAUCCAGGCAAUCAUUCAUGGAAGCUUGCCAGCACCCGAAGCACAUGAACGUUUUCAGUAUGAUUACAGUGAUAACUGCUCUUGA